AAAACAUAAAACGCAGCCGUGGACGCAGAUCCAAACCUCACCUCAGUCUCUUUCUCUUCAAACAAGAAGAAGAAGAAGAAGAAGACUUUAAGUUUCACUGUCAAAAAUCUUUUCUCUUUCUUUCAAGAGAGAAAAGAAAGGGACCAAACGACAAAAAAUGCGACCAAAUGUUACACAGAGACAGGUUGAAUCUUGUGAGAUAUGUGGUGGUGAUCAGUAUAGAGAAAAGAUAGUUCUAUGCAAUAAUUGCUAUACUCGUCAACACAUUUAUUGCAUGCAGGUUUAUCACUCAAAGGUUCCAAGGGAUUGGGUUUGUGAAUCGUGUCUGUCAGGAGACACGGUUUUGCCAGAAGCUGGUGUGAAGGAAGACAAAAAGAGAACUAUGCAUACAGAAAGUCCCAGUUCAGGGUGGCAGGCUAAUUCUAAAAGGCAAAAGCCUGUUCCAACUGGCAAAGUGAAGUACAUGCCAACUGCCGAAGUCAUUAAGCUAUCUUCAGCCCCCCAAAAAGUCUCUCCUUUGCAAAUGAAAUUUGGCCCAAGAUCUGUUCCUUCAUGUUUCACAGCAUCAUCACAGAGUAAUCCAGUUGGAUUUAGAACUGCCACUCCAAAGUCAUCAACUUUCAGGGUGCAAGCAAAUCCUAGACUUGGACCUUCAGGACUUAUGAUGAAGCCUCCUAGUUUCAGCACUGUGCAACUCAAUUCACCAAUCAAUAAACAGGCACCUCAAGUAUCAAAGACAGUAAAAGGAAAUGAAGCUCUUCUAGCUUGCAAAAAGGAGCUUGUUAUUGAGAAAGUGGAUGCCCUGAUUCAUGACACAAAGAUACAGAAGAAUGAGAAAGUGGAUGCCCUGAUUCCUGAUAAAAAGAUACAGAAGAACACAGUCAUGUCUGGAAAUGAAGCUCUUCUAGCUUCCAAAAUGGGGCGUGUUAUUGAGAAAGUGGAUGCCCUGAUUCCUGACAAAAAGAUACAGAAGAACACAGUCAUGUCAGGAAAUGAAGCUCUUCUAGCUUCCAAAAAGGAGCUUGUUAUUGAGAAAGUGGAUGCCCUAACUCCUAACACAAAGAUACAGAAGAAUGAGAAAGUGGAUGCCCUGAUUCCUGACACAAAGAUACAAAAGAACAUGGUCAUGUCAGGAAAUGAAGCUCUUCUAGCUUCCAAAAAGGAGCUUGUUAUUGAGAAAGUGGAUGCUCCAAUUCCUUACUCAAAGAUACCAAAGAAUGAGAAAGUGGAUGCCCUGAUUCCUGACACACAGAUACAGAAGAACACGAGGCAAUCCACAUGGAGGCCUAUACCAAAAGGUGGUAAAUUCCAAGCUUUCUUUAGACAUGAGAACUCUGAUGCUGAAGAAAGUGAAUUGCUGAAUAGUCUAAUUAAAUUCAAGCUAUAUCGUGAUUAUCUCCCUGCCCUACAUGCAACCUGGAGGGGAAGCAUUCUUGUUGCUGCCAAACCUGGUGACAUUUAUUGUGGGUUGCUGGCUCAAACUGGUGACAUUUAUCGUGGGUUACAGGCUCAACCUCCACGGACUGUUAGUGGCAGGGCAUAUGAGUUAUCACUAAGAUUGCCUCUAACCCUUCGAGUUAUGCUGCUUCCUCGAUCCCAAAUUUGGGCAGAUCUUUUCCAGAAUGAUUAUCCCGAUCUGAAUGACAUUGCACUAUAUUUUUCUCCUGAUGAUAAAAUUGAGAGAUCCAAAGAGAGCAUUUCCUGCCUGUCUGAGCUGAUGGAGGACGAAAAUGUAAUUUUGAGAAUCUGCAUUGAGGGUGUGGAUUUGUUGAUAUUUACAUCAAAACAGCUGCAUGUGGACUCACAGAAUGUUAUUGCACGGCUCGAAGCAGGAUACGUCUUGUGGGGAAUCUUUCUACCUGUAAAAGAUAAUCAGACUCAGGAACCAGCUCGUGUUGAAUCAUCCAUUAGAGUGGCAUCUACAAGCGUCAUCGAUAAAUACCGUCAUUUCCUUGGGGACAUUAAAGCUGGCCCUGAACCAUUUUCAUUACGAACUAAAGCUAGUCCAACUGUAUAUACACUAAGUCAAAGUUAAGAGAGUAGUGACUCAUUUGCAUAAUCAUAGUAUAUUUGUACAGUUCUUUUUUUGAGGGAAAUAUUUGUACAGUUCUUAAAUGAUCAGAUCAGUGUAGCACAUAUUGUUUUAUCAUGGAAAACUUCAUUAGUCCAGAAACUGAAAUGGCAAUUUUUUAACGUCA